AUGCAGCCAUCAGCGAAGGAGGUGGAGGAGGAGGUGGAGGAGGAGGAGGAGGAGGAGGAGGAGGAGGAGGAGGAGGAGGAGGAGGAGGAGGAGGAGGAGGAGGAGGAGGAGGAGGAGGAGGAGGAGGGGGAAAGAGAAGAGGCAAAAUCGGCUUUCCUAGUAAAGAAGGUGGGGCAGGACGCAGGACCCACAUGCCCCACAUGGGGUGUCCUUGCUUCUGGAACACCCCCAGCAGCAUCACUCUUCAUGGUGGCCGUUGCAGCAGCACUAGCACCAGCAUCAACACCACCAGAAGCAGCAGCAGCAGCAGCAGCAGCAGCAGAGGCGAUCCCUCACCCUGCCCAUUCAUCCCAGCAGGGAAUUGCAAGAGGCUCAGCAGUAGGAGCGCCAGCAGCAGGGAUGGGAAGUCCUGCAGGAGUGGCAGGUGUGGCAGCAUCAGCAGAAGCGGAAGCAGUGGGCGGGUUGAAAAGGGUGGAUGAAGCUGAAGUUGAAGCAGAGGGGAAGGGGUUUCGAAGCUAUGUACGGCAGCUGGUGAUGCCUGCGAGGGUGCACAUGGGCGUGGUGGGCGAGUUCAACAGCGCGUGUGCCGCCAUGGGCUUCGCAGCCACGUUGGUGUCGUCGCCCCUCGUCGCUCGCUUCGGCGUUUUGCGGGUACGCUGGGAGAGGGAAGGGGUGCGGGCAGGCCGUGGGAUGGGAGGGAUUGUGUGUUACGAGAUGAGCGAGCUCUUAGAUGACUAUGGAACAUGA